AUGGACAUUGUGUUUGUCACUGAGACAUGGAUGUCACCCAGUCACACUGACACUAUUUCUUCUUGCAUAUCCGGUUACACAAGUAUUCGGCGUGAUCGAGACAGUCGAGGCGGUGGCAUUAUGAUAACAGUCAAUGAUCAAUUACAACCAGUCCACCUUGAUCAGUUUGACUCUAUGGACAUUGAACUUACUUGGGUGUCCUUGACUUUUAAGAAUUCCAAAUGGCUGGUUGGUCUUCUCUACAGACCUCCUAACUCAGACAUCGCAUUUUUUGACAAGCUGCAGAAUGCAUGUGAUUCAGUUCAACCUCAUCUUCAUAACUACGAAGGUGUUAUUCUACUUGGAGAUUUCAAUAUAAAUUGGCAGCAUGAUUCUGCAUCUACUGCGCAUCUUCAAGAAAUCGCUAACUCUCUAGAACUCACACAGAUAGUUAACGAUGUAACGCGACCUUCAAACAAUUCGUCCUCAUCAGGGUCCACAAUUGACCUCAUAUUUACAAAUCGGCCAGAAAAGUUUGCCCAAGUGGAGUCCUUUGCAAAUCCAGUCAGCAGUGACCACCAUGCUGUACACUUUACAUUCAGUGCACACAAAGCCCCUCCACCACCAGCAGUCGUCCGAUCAUAUCUUCAAUACAGGAAAGCUGACAUGACUCAUUUGGAAACUCUUCUACACCUUGCACCAUGGUCAGCCUUCAUGGAUGAUGCUGAUCCCAAUGCAUCGUGGGAAGGCUUUCUGGAUAUCCUGCAUGCUGCCAUUCGUGACAGCAUACCAACUAAACAGCGCUGUCGUAAUAAAGCCUCUCCAUGGAUAACCCAUGAACUGAAAAAGCUGAUUCACCUAAAGCACAAACUGUUCUCAAAAGCCAAACACUCCGGCUCCAGUUUGGCAUGGCUCCAUUACAAACAAAUACGCAAUAAAGUGAAAUAUUCAACAAAAUCAGCCUACUGGAAGUAUGUCAACGGUCUUUUUGCAAAAAAAGACAACAAGCGCAGCUUUUGGUGUUUUGUCAGAGACCAGCGAAAAUCUAAAUGUCCACCAACCUUUCAACAUGCUGACCAACUUCUUCACAAGCCUAGUGCCAUCGCUCAGGCAUUCAACGAAUUUUUUACUUCAGUUCAUUCUCCUUACCGAUUCCUGAACUACCGCCAAUUCAAAUUGAACUCGGAUGGCUGA